AUGAAGGACGUGAAGGGCAUGGGUGAUGGUUUGACGCGGCUUCUGGCCCAGCCCCUCCGCAGCUCCUCCUCCGGGGCGGUGCGGUUAGGCUCGGCCCGGGUUCCAGCCAGUAGCCGGCGCGCAGCCAUGGCGAGCCUCCUGUGGCGGCGGGCGGCAGCGGCCCGCCGCCUCCUCCUCCUCCCGCCGCCGCCUCCGGGGCCGGCGGCGGCGCGGCGCGGCAGCUGGGCUCUGCCCGGCGCCCUGGUCCGUCGUGGCGCUUUGGUGGGCGGCCGCUGGGUAGAGACGCCCGCCGCAUUCCCCGUGCGGGACCCGGCCAGCGGCGACGAGCUGGGCCGGGUGGCCGACUGCGGCGAAGCCGAGGCGAGGGCGGCCGUGCGGGCCGCGCACGAAGCCGGCGCCGCCUGGGGCCGCCUUCCCGCUAAGGAGAGGAGCGCGCUCCUUCGCAGAUGGUACGAGCUGAUGAUUGAAAGGAAAAAAGAUCUGGCAACGAUCAUAACGGCGGAAAACGGAAAACCUCUGAAAGAAGCAGAAGGGGAAAUCCUAUAUUCUGCCUCAUUUCUGGAGUGGUUUGCAGAAGAAGCUCGCCGAGUUUAUGGUGAUGUCAUUCCAGCAUCCGCAAAAGACAAAAGAAUCCUGGUGCUGAAACAGCCGGUAGGAGUGGCAGCAAUUAUAACUCCAUGGAAUUUCCCCAGUGCUAUGAUUACCCGGAAGGUUGGUGCAGCUUUGGCAGCUGGCUGUACAGUAGUAGUGAAACCUGCAGAGGAUACACCUUUAUCAGCAUUAGCUCUUGGAGAGCUUGCAAACCAGGCUGGAAUUCCAGCAGGAGUGUAUAAUGUUGUUCCUUGUUCAAGACAGCAGGCAUCAACUGUAGGGGAAGUUCUGUGCACUGAUCCAUUGGUAGCCAAAAUAUCUUUUACAGGCUCCACUGCAACAGGAAAGAUACUGCUGAAACAUGCAGCUGGCACUGUGAAGCGAGUUUCCAUGGAGCUUGGAGGGCAUGCUCCUUUUAUAGUGUUUGACAGUGCUGAUGUGGACCGUGCUGUUGCAGGAGCCCUUGCUUCUAAGUAUAGAAACUCAGGCCAGACGUGUGUUUGUGCAAACCGUUUCCUGGUGCAAAAGGGAAUCCAUGACAAAUUUGUAGAAAAGUUUGCUAAAGCCAUCGAGAGCGAGCUACGUGUUGGAAGUGGAUUUGAUGCAAAAACUACCCAGGGGCCAUUAAUUAAUGAAAAAGCAGUAGAAAAGGUAGAGAGGCACAUUAACGAUGCAGUUUCACAAGGAGCAUCUGUUGUGACUGGAGGGAAACGUCACAGCUUGGGGAAGAAUUUCUUUGAACCUACAUUACUGAGUAAUGUUACAACAAAAAUGCUUUGCACACAAGAGGAGACAUUUGGCCCUUUAGCACCAGUUAUCAAAUUUGAGACUGAAGCAGAAGCUAUUGCUAUAGCAAAUGCAGCCGAUGUGGGGCUAGCAGGAUAUUUCUAUUCCCAAGAUCCAGCACAGAUCUGGAGAGUUGCAGAGCAGCUGGAAGUUGGAAUGGUUGGAGUCAAUGAAGGCAUAGUCUCUUCAGUUGAGAGUCCUUUCGGUGGGAUAAAGCAGUCUGGCAUAGGACGAGAAGGCUCCAAGUAUGGCAUGGAUGAAUACUUAGAAAUAAAGUACGUCUGCUUUGGAGGCUUGUAGCAAUCUUCAGAAAGCACAAUCCCAACAUCUUGGAAAAGAGUGCUGUAGUUUCAAAAGCUUUUUGAACCACAAAUAUGUUAUGAAUGCAACUUUUACCUUCCUCAAAAUUAAGUAAUCCUGUCCUGUAUGCGAGACGUACUGACAACAUUAUGUGCCACAUGUUUUUACAUGUUUAUACUAGAGUACAUUGUUUUUCAGCAAUGUGAUCAUAGUGCCCAUUACUUCUAAAAAGGAGCAGGGAAGAAUGCACAUUUAUUAUUCUUAGGUCACCCUUGUUAGUUGGAAGGCCUUGGAGAUUUCUGCAUUAUGAAAAUAGAUUAUAAUCUGUGUCAAGGGGAAAACAGACCACCUUUUUCUACUGCCUCUAUGUGUGUGUGUGUGUGUAGGAUGGGGGAAGUGUUGGGAAUGGCAGACUGCCUUUAAACUUCUGUGCAAAUACUGACAUUUUCUAAUGUGGUUGUAUAACUUUCUUUUAGAAGCGGGCAUCUCUUCUUUUUUUUUUUUUUUUUUAACUGAGUGAUAAUCUGAUGCUUAUGAAAGAUGAGGAAGUGCUUGGUACAACUAGUAAUCCAAGCAGGUGAACGAACAGCUUUGUAAGUGCAUCUUAAUAUUGGCUGCAGAGCUGUCAGCUGUUCAGCCUUUGGGCUUCUGAGCAGAGAGCUGUAAUUUGUGCCUGACAGCUUGCAAGUUUGGGAUCAGGUAUGGCCCUUGUUUGGUAUGCAUGUGAUUCUCCAUUGUUCAGGGAAAAUGGCAGUGCAGGACAAACAGUUGCUGGCUCACUGAAGAGCAGGAGGAAGAUGGGAUGUGUAGCUGCAGGAAUAACUUACAGAAUUUUAAGGGGACGCUGAAAGGCCUACAUGAAUGAAUCCCAAAUCAUGACGUGAGAAUAUAUAUAAACUCUUCUGUGAAAAGAAUGUAACUGUCCUUGGGUAGAAGAAAGGUCGCUUAUGUAAAUGUUGCUUAGUGUCUACAGUGUUACUUAAGACCUCCAAAGAAUAUGAGCAGAUGGUUCAGUUCCUCUGGGUUUUGUGCCUUGAAUUGGAUUUAUGGUCACACAGGCAAAUAUCCAUUACUGAGAAAGGUAUACAAAUUUUUAAACUUAGGUAACUUGUAGUCUAAUAAGGAUUUAAAUAAAAAUAGUUAGAGACAAGACUUUUACCGAUAAUUCCACUAUUUUAAUGGUCAUCUUUAUAUAAAGAUUCCGUAGUACGAAAAAAACCAAUUAUGUUUAAACAUCAUUUCAAUGGAAAUUGGAAGAAGCAAAGUGCAAUAUUAAUUUGGCAAAUAGAUCAGCACUGUAGAGGCUAAGGGAAGAAAUUUUGUUUCCUGUGGUUAACUUAUUUGGUGGGGUUAUACCCAUUAAUUAUUACAAAUAAAGGCAGGUAACAUAUAUUUAUACAAAUGAAUGUACCCUAUGAAAUGGGCUAUUUUAAGAAACUUGAUACAAUUAGGCGAAAAGGUACAGGUAACAGAAGACUUAAAGAAAAGCCAGAGCUGAGUUUCACAGGGUUUUUUUUACAGUUACACAUAAGGUAGCAUUAACUGCUACUCAUUAUUUCUAAAUAUUUUUAAUGGUUGUAUUUGUGUAGCACCUGAGAACAGGUGGGUGUAGAACAUUACUUGUCAGUAUAAUGUAUGUGUGUGCGUACAUCCUGCCAGCUGAAGGACAAGUAAAGGACACUAACUGCACAUCAGAAAUUUCCAGCGCACCAAGAAUACACAUUUACCAUGGUAAGGACUGGAUACUGUUAUCAGUUGUAGCACAUUUGCUUUCUCUCAAGAACAAAAAGGGAUAGCUUACUUCUACCCACAUUAAUUGCAAGAAAAUUUCUUCUUCUAGCCAGCAUCUGAGCUUGCACUACUGAGUGCACGGUCUGCCUGAAUUUGGGGAACACAAUGUUGUGGAACUGGGAACUGUUUGCCAGCUCUGGCUGCUGAUACACUUUUAUUCCUUGCAAAAUGUAGCUCAACAGGAAAAAAAGCAGUUACUUGGUGGCAGGGUACCAAUAGCACAGUGAUGAAGGCACACUUACAGAUAUCAUACACAGGUUGGAAUAUCUGCCACUUCAGUUGCACAGACUUAAAAUAUGCUUGCACUAUAAAAUCAAAGUCAAACUUAUCUAAUUUAUUGCUGUAUGACAGUGCAGUCUUGAAUGUAGAUGUGCUUCUUGGGACACUGCAGUUGGAGAAUUUUUUAGUCUGCUGCUCUCUUCAUUGCAAAAUUAGUGAUCUGAUGCCUUUGUGAAUUUAAAAUCUUGACGUAAUUUCUAAGAAUAGCACUGUUACAAUUAA